AUGGUGUCCAGCUUCGCCGGAAUUAGAGAGAAGAAGAAUUACAAGAUGGUUGUCCUUAAAUGCCACCAAAAACCCUACCCCAAAGAAGAGCCCAGAUGCCUUGUGACAACCCUGGGAAGCAGAUGCCAUUAUUAUCCCACUUUACAGACGGGGAAACUGAGACACAGAGCAGUUAUUGAGAGCCAGCAAGGGACGGAACCUGGAUUUGAGCCUCCGGGGUCUGACUCCAGAACUGACACUCUUAGUUCAGGGACAAACAUGCAGUUGCCAAGAUUGCUCCGUGGUCAGCGGUUGUCCUCCAGUGCCCCAGUCAGCUCAGCUGAGACCAAAGCCACCCACCCCUGUGCCCAGGGGCUCUCCUCGUCCCCCAUCCAUCACCAGAGCCCAGUGAACUCACCUGUGGAUGCCCGGCUCUCGCUUGAUGUCUCAGUUCCGGAACAGAGAUGCUCCAGCUGCUACCUGGGAAGGCUCUGGCCCCAAAAAUAUUUAGUUAGCAGCCAUUCACUUAAGUGGAAUUGA